AUGGCGUCGUCGUCACUUUCUUCUGUCGUUUCCCAUCUCAUGAGGGCCUCCGUGGGCUCCUCUAUCCCAGAUAAUGUGUCAGACCAAGAUUUGGACCGAUUUGUUGCCGAUCUCAUCCUGAAAGAAGCCAAGGAAGCCGAAGAUAAGUACAAAGGAAAGGAAGGUAUACGUGCAUACCUUCCACACACUGGGCUGCCAGAGGGUAAUCUCCCACGGACGAAUAAACGUUUCCUGAGUUCGAUAAUAAAGAACGUCGAUGAUCAUAAUGCAUCUAUCCUUCGAGCACAGGCCGUGACAGCUUUAGAGAAGAAAGCGGACAGGGAAGAAUUCGAACGCGAGGAGCGAAGAAUGCGUGCCAUCGAGGCCUCCAGAGAACGCUUUCGACGAUUAAUGGGUGAUCGUCGAAGUCGUGAAGCUGGGGCAGUUGGUGAUCGGAAGGGUAGUUCCAGAGAUGAGACGCCCCACAAACGCCUACGCAGCAGUGCCCUGGAAGAGAUGGGGGAUAGAUAUCGGGACCCCGAACGGCGUCGGCGUGAUGAUUCCACUAGAUCUGAAUCCCGGCAUGCCCAAGGUUCGUCGACGGGGCGCCUCGAUUCUCCUCACCCAUCCUCCCCUUCGCCUUCGCGUUCUAUGCCUCCUGACCGGCCACAACCGGACGAUCACUCAACGGCUGGAACCCUCGCCCCAUCUCACACAUCGCGAUACGAGACUUCUCAUCCCACACGCAAUAGAGACAAGCCAUCAUCCCAGUAUCGCGCACGAAGCCGGUCUCAUUCGCCUAAAGUGCGCAGGAUGAAACGAGGAAGGAGCUCUUCCCGUGACAACGUUCGGGACUCAGGUCGGCACCAGCGCCGGCGUUCGCAUCGUGAUGAUGUCGGUGGAUCCUGUUCAAGGUCGCGAUCACGUUCCCAUUCUCCCCGUCGCUCCCGUCAUCAUUCUUACAGAUCUUCAUACAAGGAUAAGAACUAUGUGAGCCAUAAAGAGCGAUCCAGUAAAUCACAGCCACACGACACCAAAGAACGUUGUCCUGACUCGCACAAAAAGGCCCGUAUCCGAGACCGAUCGACUAGUGCUCAUUCCGAAGAAAGCGAGGUAGUUGUCGAUCGUCCCUCUCCGUCCCUGCUCACAAAACCACUGCGGUCAAUCAAAAUGGACCGGUAUUUUGAUCCCAAUUACGACCCUGCGUUGGAUUACCAACCCAGUCUGAAAACAGAUGAGUUUGUUGAGGAAGGGGCAUUUGAUGAUUGGAACAUGAUGCUCGAACUAGUUCGAGCCAGGCGAGAGGACAAGGAGGAGAAGAAACGAAGGGAGAGACUUGGUCUCCCUGCAUCAUCAGGCGGGACGAGUGCCAUGGACAUUGUUUACAAGAAACGGGGUUCAACCAGAGAAUGGGACCUUGGGAAGGAAUAGACUUUACCAUUAUUAGCCCAAUUACGAGUGUAACUUGUACAUUUUUCUUGUACGACCCUUUUGAUUGGAGCUUCUCACUUUAGAGCUGAACAUUGAACAUCUCUG